ACUUUCGUUUUUGUUUUUAUAUCUCUGUGUAUUUACGAAAGAGAAAGAAACGCUUUUGUUUCCAUUUUCUCUUAAUUUUUUUUUUCCGUUAAAAAGGAGAGAAAAUGGCGACGACAGAGGCUUCCCAAUCAGCGGAUUCCUACGUCGGAAGCUUCAUAAGCCUUAUUUCCAAGUCCGAAAUCCGGUACGAAGGCGUUCUUUUCCGUAUCAACCCUCACGAAUCCUCCAUUGGCCUCAAAAACGUAAGAUCUUUUGGUACGGAGGGACGAAAGAAGGAUGGGCCGCAGGUUCUUCCAAGCGACAAAGUUUAUGAUUACAUAUACUUCCGAGGAAGCGACAUUAAGGAUUUGCAAGUUUUGUCUUCACUGUCUGUGCAAAGUGUGGCAGCCAUACCUGAUGAUCCUGCUAUCAUUCAGUCUCAUUAUCAACAUCCUGCUGCAUCUUCAAGCUUGCCACAUUCUAGUACUAGUUCUAUGACAAGUUUUAGUUCCAAUUCACAGCUGGCACUUCCAAGUUCAAAUUUCCAAGGCAGUGUGCCUCAAUAUCAGCCUGUGGGACAUAUGGUUUCUUGGGGUUCUUCAACUCCUCCCACUGUAAACAGCAACAAGCAUACUAUGCCAAUGUAUUGGCAAGGAUUGAAUGGGCCCUCAGGAGGUUAUUCUUAUUUACAGCCGUCUUUGCUUCGGCCACCACCUGGCUUGUUAGCAUCACCUGGGAUACAGCAGACGCAACAUUCCACCGUAGAUGCAUCUAUUCCGAGUGGUGCAACACACUUGCCAGAAAUUCCUCAUCUCUUACUGCCACCUAGUGCUAGCUCCCUCAACUCUACAUUGCUUCCAUCUUCAAGUGCUAGCUCCCAGAAUUCCAUAUUGUUUCCACCUUCAAGUGCUAGCGCCCAGAACUCCACAAUGCUGCCUCCUUCAAGUGCUAGCUCCCAGAACCACACAGUGCUGCCACCUUCAGGUGCUAGCACCCUAAACUCUACAUUUGUAUCAAUCUCUUCCUCUGCUUUGCCCUCUGAGCUUCCUAUUCAUGCUGCUUCAUUAGUUUCUAAUGAAGCAUCAAAUUACACUGCAUGUUAUGACCCUAAUGCUCCUGGUUUAACAUUGAGUUCUAACUUGCCAUUAGCAUCUUCCUUGACUUCUUCUGUGGAUACAAAUAAUAUUGCUCUUCAAUUCGGUGAGAAAUCUAAAUCAACUCUUGGCUCCACUUCCUCUUAUCCAAAUAUGCCCACAGCUAAACCUCCUGUUGUUGGGACAUCUGGCUCAAAUCAUCCUGAGGUACCAACUCCUUCUCUAGUGACCCAAGGCCAGCUUUUGCAGUCCGCACCCACUAGUCCACCCACAGUACUUUCUUCAUCUCUUCCCCUCCAAACUGCUCAGAAAGAUAUUGAGGUGGUUCAAACAUCAACAUUAGAACCACUGUCAACAGAUGCAGACGAGGCUCAGGCACCAAUUUUGCCCACAGCAUCAGUAUCAUCCGGAAAGAUGAAUGAAGCUUCUUUGGAUUCUCAACACCAUGACAAGGGGCUUGUUUGGGGAAGAAGAAAUGGGCCAUAUGUUGCCACGUCACAGACUCACCGAAUUAUUAAGGGCCAUGUGGAGGAAAGAGAAAACAAUUCCAAUAGAGUUACUUUGCAGUCUCACAACACUAAUAAGGUCCAUGUAAGGGGGAGAAGAAAUGGGUUGUAUGGAACUGCAUCACACUUUCAACCCAGUAACAGAAGCCACACAGGGGGAAUGGAAAAGAUGAAUGGAACUGCUCCUCGCCCUUAUUAUGGUAGCCGGGGCAGUGCGCAAGGAAGAACAAACAGGAUUUCACGCUCUGUUACCGAGUACCCUAAGGAUUUUGAUUUUGAGGCAAUGAAUGAGAAAUUCAACAAAGAGGAGGUCUGGAAUGAAUUUGGCAAAAGUAGUAAAGGUGUAUCAGAAGACAAUGGGGAUGCAGAUGAUAGUCAGGAAGAUGAUAGACAACAUGAAGAUGCAGAAGUACUGCUAAAAGCUGACAUAAAGCCUGUGUAUGCUAAGGAUGAGUUUUUUGAUUCUCUUUCUUCAAGUACAUUUGAUCGUGAGCCAAAGAAAGGAAGGUCUAAGUUUUCUGAGCAGAAGAAAUUAGAUGCAGAGACAUUUGGCGGUAUCCAAAUUAAUCGUGGUGGAGGUGGUGGUCGGAGAGCAGGGCACGGUGGCUGGUCACAGGGUUCUAGAUAUGGAAGGGGAUACGAACAUGGUGGGAGAGGCCAGGGACGGGCUGUGUGGAGUCGUGUGACCUAGUUAGCUCUUUUAAAUGUAGUUAUGAUAGGCAUAGGAUCUAACAAAGGGCAUCUAGCAGAAACAAGAAAUUGGGAAUUUAACUUAAUGCUUGUAAUGGUUUUGCCAGUGCUAAAGCAACAAGCCAGCUGACCUGUAAUGAAUCAUUAUGAAUUCUAUGCGAAAAAGUCCUUAGGCUAA